AUGCUUACUGCGAAGCGACUGUCCUGGGGGCUCAUGCCUCCGACGGCAUUGCUUGCUUUGACGUCAAUGUUGGCCUACUUCGGGUUCCGCAUCUACACGCUGGUCUACGCCCAAGCUCUGAGAGCUCUGGCUUGGCGACCACCCAACAGACCUCGCAGACGACUUUCCGGUGACAAUGUUCCUACCGUCGAUGUGCUCAUAACCUGCUGCAACGAAGAUAUUGAUGUCAUCCUUGACACAGUAAGGGCAGCCUGCUUAAGCGACUAUCCACAGGAUCGUUUUCGGGUCUUCCUCUGCGAUGAUGGUCGGUCAGAAUCGGUGUACAAGAGCGUCGUGGCGUUGCGGGAGACUUACCCGAAUAUUAACUACACCUCCCGACCGAAGCCAGAUGUACCGGACUAUAAGGCUGGCAAUCUGAACAAUGUCGCGAGUCCGAGCGAGUAUGUCGCAGGCCUGGAUGCCGACAUGAUCUGUAUGCCCCAUUGGCUUCGGGCGCAACUGCCGCACCUUAUUGAUGACCCGAGCGUCGCAAUGACCUGCCCACCUCAGACUUUCUACGACACACCAACUAAUGACCCGCUAACGCAGAACAUGCUUCAAUUUGCAGGACUAACGGAGGCAGUCAAUGAUAGUCUUGGGCAUGCCGACUGCCUUGGCUCCGGCUACGUCGUGCGGCGGACGGCCGUUGAAGGUAUCGGAGGCUUUCCCGUUGAGUCGGUCUCUGAGGACGUCUGUUGUUCGGCCAAGCUGCUAGGCGCCGGGUGGAAAACCGUCUUCGUUCAAGAGUUUCUCCAGUACGGUAGCGUCCCAGAGUCGUAUUAUGCGCACGUGAAGCAAAGGACUCGCUGGUGGGUCGGCCACAUCCAGACUGCAAUUCUCUUCCGCUUCCGGACCUCCAGGAAGUAUGCCAAGCAUCUCAACCUUGUCCAGAGGCUGACAGGGAUAACGUUCGAUCUCCGGCAAUGGGUCCAGAUUCCACUCGCACUAAGCUAUUUCUUUGUACCUCUUGCGCUCUACGCAGGCUAUCCGCUCGUCAUCUGGACUUCGGCGUUUCAACUCCAGUGGCUGAUCCGACUGAUAUGUAUAUGGGCGACCUGUCACUGGAUCCACCAGAUGGUGAUGGGAUGGAUCGCUGGGAUCGGAAAUGGUCGCUACGAUAUCAGGAUCACUUCGUACGACGCGGAACUGGAACAGUGGCUUCUACCUUACGUCCUGAGCGCGUUCGUUCAGUCUUUUCUGCUUCCCAAGCGGCUUGGCGGACGAUCAACCGGCUUCAAGUCUACCGGUAGUAUACUGGACGCCCUCCAUGAGCGCGAUGCUCAACGCCGUGCACACGUUUUCAAACGUCUAUACGCCAUCCUGUGGGUUCAACGCGGGAUAUUCCACGCGGUGUUCGUGGUCGUAUGCCUCGGCGGCGUAGCGUUGACCUGCAUUCGAUCCGUCUACCCAAACAUCUCAAGCGCGUAUCCGUUAACACAGACCACAUAUGGAAACCAGCUCAUCUACUUGGUCACUCGCAUUGGGUGGCCGCCACUCGUCUGGCUGCAGUUCCUCCAAGCGGCACUGGUGCCGCCUUUGUACGCCAUCUUCCCACCCUCGGUGAAGCCGCGGGAAGAGCUGCUUGACAGAGAUCCCAAGACAAAUGUCGCGUACCCGAAGCCAAUGGCGACUCGACUAAAGAGAAGUGCGUGGGACUUUUGGAGGUACAUGCGCGCAUCAUUGGCCAUGGUGUAUUGCAUCUUUUUGUUCACGAUUUCGUGGUUUCUAUUUGGCACGAACAUUGCCAGCGACCAGCACACGAGCCCAUGGUGACGACCCGGAGUCGGGAUGUUGGUAUCAUGGUGUGAUAGACUUUUCGGCGAGGCGCUGGUUUUGUGGGAAGAGAAGCGCAACAGCCACAGUUGGCUGAACAGUCCCAUGCUGAAUGUCGAUGCUCCAGCAGCUUGUGGAGCGUACAGGAGCUUGCAUACUUCGUAUACCUCGAGAACGUCAGCCUACCGUAUGUGAUGUCGGAAUAUGUCGAAUGCUUUGGACCC